AUGAAUCGGUUGAAGGAGAAGCAGGAGCUAGAAAAGCAGCGGAUGGAAUUAGAGUUGCAACGGAAAUUCCUUCAUGAACAGCAAGAACUCUUAAAUGCGACCCUGGCCGAUGAAAAUAGAAGCCAGAGGAGUCGCCCAGCGGCGAGUACACCAUUACUCGGAAGUGCAUCCGAUCCACUGAGACUGCCAGAGGAAAAGCUAGAUAUCUGCAAAAACCAGCCGGCGCCGUCGCAUGAGAAUAUUAUCCAGCUGCAACAUCAACCACAACAGUGCAAAGAGAUGCUAGCAGAAAUGCGUAUAUCAAGUACGGCUACAAGACCGAUUGGAACUAUUCCCAAACAUCGACCGGAAGUUAUUGAUACAGCACUGACAAGACCACCUAACAAUUUGAAUUCAUGUAGACCAAACCCACAAUAUUACCAACGACCAAUUCCACAACCACAAUAUCAUCCAAGACCAAUGCCACCACCACCAUACUUUAAUCAACCCUUCCAACCUCAACCAUUCAGGCAAUUUAAUCAACAGCAAAAACCCCAAAUAACACCUCACAACCCAUUCAAAAACACACCAGAACCGAUGGAAGUAGAUGCUUCCAUCCGAACAAAUAACGUCAACUAUGGUAACAGGCCACAAAGGUCAGACCAGCGAGGACCCCCACUGAAAAGACAGAGAAUGUUUAACAUUUGCACAAAUAAGUACGAAGAACCUGAGCCUGAAGACAUAAUUAAUGAACGCACAGAUUAUGCCCCAUCAGAAGAUGAAGAAUAUUACCCCGAAUCAUCACAAACUUAUGAAAGCUACAUCAGAACGAUAGAAGCCCAACGAGGAGAGGAACCCGAAGAGGAGGAGGCUGAGCUCAAUUUAUUAGGAUGA